CUCUACCCACAUUCACAUAUCAACUUAAACUCACAAUCAAUAUCAUCAUCACAAUGGCUGACACUGGACGUCAAUCUAUGACCGACAAGGCUGCUUCUUCUGUGAAGCCCGACUCUCAGAAGUCGAUGACCGAGCAGGCUGGUGACAAGAUGAAAGGAAUGACCGACUCGGUCGCUUCUACUCUCCAACCGCAGAGCGAGAAAUCCACCACCCAGAAGGCAGGUGACACCAUGAGCGGAAAUUCCAACGAAGGGCAGGAGUCUUUGAUGGAGAAGGCUAAGCACGCCACGGGCAUGGGUGAUUCGGAGACGAAGUAGUUCAGUCCUUUCAAUACGAGCGUCUCAAAUACUGUAUUAUAUGUCGGGAUAAUUGUGAUCUUUAACACAACGCACUUGAGCUUGAACUAU